CAACAUUAUAAAUAAAAGUGUUCAAGCCGAAUGAUCUUAAACUUCAGAUUUCGAAGAAAAAACACAAUGAUUUCUAAGAAAUAUUCUAGUUUGCUUUGUUGCACUCUUUUAUUUGUGCAAAUCAUUCAUAUUUGUCAUUGUACCAUUGUGAAAACAACGAAUGGUCUGAUAGAGGGUGAAAUAAAUUACACAGUACCGGAGAAGAAGCUUUACUACGCUUUUAGGAGCAUACCUUAUGCAAAGCCACCUGUUGGAGAACUCAGAUUCCAGGCACCCCAACCAAUAGAUAAUUGGGAGGAUGUUUUGCCAACGAAAACUGAUUCGCCAAGGUGUAUCCAAACUCAUUCGAAAGAAAUUGUUGGACAAGAAGAUUGCCUCUACUUGAAUGUCUACACACCUCAGAUAUCGAACGAUACGAGACGACUUUUGCCCGUGAUGGUCUGGAUUUAUGGAGGAGCAUUCAUAUAUGGUAACUCAGAAUACGAUGACGCUUCACCUGAUUACUUUCUGGAUCAAGACAUUGUCUUCGUUUCGAUCAACUACAGAUUAGGAGUUCUAGGGUUUUUGAGCUUGAAUCACUUGGUAGCACCAGGAAAUUAUGGCCUGAAGGAUCAAAAUAUGGGCUUGCGAUGGGUAAAAGAAAACAUAAAGUCAUUUGGAGGUGAUCCUGAUCAAAUUACACUCAUUGGUCAGAGUGCUGGAUCUGUAUCUGUUUCUUAUCACUUGCAGUCUCCUCUUUCUGCAGGCCUCUUUUCUGGAGCUAUACUAGAGUCUGGAACAUCAUUAUGUUUGUGGUCCCUUUCUAGAAAAGGACCUCAAGCUGCUAGUGGAAUAGCGGUUGGUUUGAAUAUUAGCGUGGAUUCACCUCAAUCUAUUAUAAAUGGAUUACGGUCAGUCAAAGCAGAAGAACUUCAUGAAAUAGCAGCGGAUAUUCAGAAUAAGGAAUUGACAGGAUCAAAUCCUAGAGAUGGAUUCAUAUUUGCUCCAGUUAUAGAACCAAAACACGAAGGAGCUUUUUUCACCGAAAAAAGCUAUGAACUAUUGAGAGAAGGAAAAUUUUCACAAGUGCCAGUAAUAGUGGGUUACAACUCAUUGGAGGCUGCUUUCGAUCUGCCAGAUAUAUUUAGGUUGUUCUUGGUGAAAUUUGAUUUAAAUCCUUCUAGUUUGGUACCUAUUGAUAUGAAUAUAAAAUCUUCCGUCAUAAAAGAUGCUGUUGGGAAGGAAAUAAAAUUCCAAUAUUUUGGAUUAUUACCUAUUGCUCUUUCUAACAUAAACGUAAACGAGUUUAUGAGCGAAGAUCAGUUUGUUAGGCCUAUUCAACAGUUUGCAUUAUUGUUGUCCAAAUAUACACAGACAUACUUCUAUGAAUUUCAUUACGAGGGUCCACUUGGAGGAGUAGCCAACCGAACGUUGCCAGGUGUUGCCCACACUGAGGAACUAGGAUAUUUAUUCCGGAGGAAUAUUACUGGUAAUGAAGUUGAUGAUCUUAUGAGAAGGAGGAUGAUUAGGUUAUGGUCUAAUUUCGUCAAGUUCAGAAAUCCAACUCCAGAACUAGACGAUCUUCUCCAGAAUGUGACGUGGUUACCAGUUUCAUCAAAUGAGGAUAUGCACUAUAUGAAAAUAGAUAAGGAGUUGAUAAUUUCAAAGAAUCCAAGGAAAAACGUUGGAAAUUUCUGGACCGACUUGUAUAAUAGAUAUGGACAGCCACCAUAUGACACUUACUAAAUGAGUUCAUUAUGAAUUAUUCUUUGUACCUGAAAUAAAAUUUUUUGUUGAA